AUGUCCGAAUUGCGAGCGAAGCAAGACGAUCGCCUCAGCCGUGUGCAUCUCGAUGUCGUGGGCCCUUUGCCUCCCUCCAAUGGGUUUACUUAUCUUCUUGCCUGUGUCUACAGUUACACCCGCUGGGCAGAAGCUAUCCUAUUACCGAACAUGGAGGCAUACGCUACAGUUAAGACUAUUGUCAAUCGUUGA